CGCUCGGCCCCAGGAGCUUUCGUCUGCUGAAGGUGGUGACACGCCGGCUGAGGCCGCCUUCGACGUUCUGCCACGCCAAUCUGACACCAUGGACGACCGCCGGGAUCCAGCCAGUGACCAGAUGAAGCUCUGGAAGGAGCAUCGGACCGCGCAGAAACCUGAUGUCCUGACCACUGGGGCCGGUAUCCCGAUAGGAGACAAACUGAACAUCAUGACCGCUGGGCCCCGUGGGCCCCUUCUUGUUCAGGAUGUGGUUUUCACUGAUGAAAUGGCUCACUUUGACCGAGAGAGAAUUCCUGAGAGGGUCGUGCAUGCUAAAGGGGCAGGUGCCUUUGGCUACUUUGAGGUGACACAUGACAUUACCAAAUAUUCCAAGGCAAAGGUGUUUGAGCAUAUUGGAAAGAGGACUCCCAUUGCAGUUCGGUUCUCCACUGUUGCUGGAGAAUCAGGCUCAGCUGACACAGUUCGUGACCCUCGUGGGUUUGCAGUGAAAUUUUACACAGAAGAUGGUAACUGGGAUCUUGUUGGAAAUAACACCCCAAUUUUCUUCAUCAGGGAUGCCAUAUUGUUUCCGUCCUUUAUCCAUAGUCAAAAGAGAAAUCCUCAGACACAUCUGAAGGAUCCUGAUAUGGUCUGGGACUUCUGGAGUUUACGUCCUGAGUCUCUGCAUCAGGUUUCUUUCUUGUUCAGUGAUCGAGGGAUUCCAGAUGGCCAUCGUCACAUGAAUGGAUACGGAUCGCAUACUUUCAAGCUGGUGAAUGCAAGUGGAGAGGCAGUCUAUUGUAAAUUCCAUUAUAAGACAGACCAGGGCAUCAAAAACCUUUCUGUUGAAGACGCAGCCAGGCUUUCCCAGGAAGAUCCUGACUACGGCCUCCGGGAUCUUUUUAAUGCCAUUGCCACAGGAAACUACCCCUCCUGGACUUUUUACAUCCAGGUCAUGACAUUUAGUCAGGCAGAAACUUUUCCAUUUAAUCCAUUUGAUGUCACCAAGAUUUGGCCUCACAAAGAUUUCCCUCUUAUCCCAGUGGGUAAACUGGUCUUAAAUCGGAAUCCAGUUAAUUACUUUGCUGAGGUUGAACAGAUUGCCUUUGACCCAAGCAACAUGCCUCCUGGCAUCGAGCCCAGCCCUGACAAAAUGCUGCAGGGCCGCCUUUUUUCCUAUCCUGACACUCACCGCCACCGUCUGGGACCCAACUAUCUUCAGUUACCCGUGAACUGUCCCUACCGUGCUCGAGUGGCCAACUAUCAGCGGGACGGCCCCAUGUGCUCACAGGACAAUCAGGGUGGUGCUCCGAAUUACUACCCCAACAGCUUUAGUGCUCCCGAACAGCAGCCUUCUGCCCUGGAGCACAGAACCCGCUAUUCUGCAGACGUGCAGCGCUUCAACAGUGCCAGUGACGAUAACGUCUCUCAGGUGCGGACGUUUUAUACGAAGGUGCUGAAUGAAAAGGAGAGGCAGCGUCUGUGCGAGAACAUCGCCGGCCACCUGAAAGACGCGCAGCUCUUCAUCCAGAAGAAAGCGGUCAAGAACUUUACUGAUGUCCACCCUGACUAUGGGAACUGCAUCCAGGCCCUUUUGGACAAAUACAACGCCGAGAAGCCUAAGAAUGCGAUUCAUACCUUUGUGCAGUCUGGGUCCCUCCUGGCUUCAAGGGAGAAAGCUAAUCUGUGAAGCUAAAGGGCCCCAGUCCCUUGCCAAGGAGCUCUGUGCCUACCAAGCAAAGCUUAACGUUCGCACAUGUAACCCACUCAUCACUGGAAAGAAGAUUCUCCUGUGCUCGAUACACAAAUGCUGGAUAGAAGAUUCUCUUGUGCUUGCCAUGCAUGCAAGCCAGUGUCUUUAAAAUGAUCGUCCAGGUUGCUAUAGCAAAUAAUGUAAUGACUUUUAAUGCAGGUUAGGGGGUUAACAAUCAUUUAAAAAACGUGUUUUCGUUUUUUUGACAGCUGAUUGGAUUACUCAUUUAAAAUGCUUAGGAGGAAAGUUUCUAACUAGAAGUGAGAUUUUAUUUGAUAAGAAAAACAUUUUGGUGAAAUUAAUAUGUUUACAUAUCACCUUAGGGCCUAUUAUAUAAAAACAGGGCUGUGAUUAUACAAGAAGAAAAGAUCAUGGGGAUCCACUCAGAAUUUUUAUGUUUCUAAGGUUCUUAUAGGAAAAACACAUUUAAUACAUCAGUAUCUUCAGAGAAAACUCUAGCAUCUUCAUGGCUUAAUGAUUAUGUCUGUAAUUCUGUAAUUCAUCAGGUUCAGUUUUUAUUUUUCCACUUGGAAUUCUUUUUGUGCAAAGUCGGCAUUGAUUUCACAUCAGAUUGAUUUGUAAUUGCCUAUCAAAUUUUUACAAUAAAAGAAAUAUGUAUGUAA